AUGGGAAAUAAUAAUAAUGUAGAUUCUCAAAGCCUUUCCUUCUGGAUUUGUGGUGUAGCUUCUGUUAGGAAUGCACAAAGUCUGAGCAGUGGCAAGAUGGCAAACAUUGCAGUUGAUUUGGUAAAAUCAAUUUUAGAAAGAUUGAUAAACUGCGCAAUAGCAGAAUCACGUUACGUAUGCUGCUUUUCGGACAUUGUUGAAGACAUUGAAAAGGAAAAGAAAGCUUUGGAAGAAAACGUGAAAGAGGAAAAAAGGAAGGGAAACAAUAUUCGAACAGAUGUCUCUUCUUGGCUAAAAGAAACAGAGGGACUCAUUAAAGACACUCAGACGAAAAAGACGUGUUUUUUUGGAUGGUGUCCAGAUUGCAAAUGGAGAUAUAGUAAGGGAAAGCAACUGGCAAAUAAGAAGAAGGAGUUGAAAAGUGGCAAUGUUGGAAUUUCCCCUGUACUUCCAGGUGUUGAGUAUCAUUCUUCUCAAGAUUAUGUUUCUUUUGAGAGCAGAAAGUCGAAAAUCGAAGAACUUUUUGAUGCACUGAAAAAUGACAGCAACUUUAUAAUUGGAUUGCAAGGGAUGGGGGGAACAGGUAAAACUACGUUGGCAAAAGAAGUGGGUAAGGAACUUAAGCAGCUACAGCAAUUCGAUCAUGUCAUUGAUACUACAGUGUCAUAUACUCCUGACACAAGGAAGAUUCAAGAUGACAUUGCUGCACCCUUAGGAUUGGACUUCAAAGAUAAAAAUGAAUCAGAGAGACUCAAGCUUCUUUGGAAUAGAUUAACCGGUGGUGAAAAAAUUCUUUUGAUAUUGGAUGAUGCGUGGAAUCCUAUCAAUUUUGAUGAAAUUGGAAUUCCAAGGAAAGACAAUCACAAUGGUUGUAGAAUCUUUUUAACCACACGUGAAAUGAAGGUUUGCCAAACAAUGGGAUGCGAAAAGAUAAUUCAAUUGGGGGUUUUAACCGGGGAAGAUGCAUGGACCUUGUUCAAAAAGCAUGCUCAUAUAAGUGAUCGUUCCUCUAAACGUUUGUUGGAUAAGGGACGCGAUAUUACCGAAAAAUGUGGGGGGUUACCAGUUGCAAUAGCAGCCAUUGCUAGCAGUUUAAAAGGUGAAGAAAGUGUGGAAGUGUGGAAAUCAACUUUAAAAUCCUUACAGAAGUCUGUGCCUAUGCAUGGUGUUGAUGAAAGUUUGGUUGAAGUUUAUAAAUGUUUGAGGGAUAGUUAUGAUAAUUUGAAGAAUGAAGAAGCCAAGAAACUAUUCCUCUUAUGUUCUAUGUUUCCAGAAGAUGAAGAACUUUCUAAUGAAACUUUAACCACAUUUGGCAUUGGAGCAGGCCUUCUUGGGGAAGUGGAUGGCAAAUAUGACGAAGCUCGAGACCAAGUCGUUGUUGCCAUGAAUAAAUUUGUAGAUUCUUGUUUAUUGUUGAAGGGUGGAAAGCAAAGUGUUAAAAUGCAUGACUUGGUUCGUGAAGUGGCCUUAUGGAUAGCUAACGAGGAAAUUCAAGCAGUAAAUUUGUCUAGCAAAAAUCAGAAAUUAUUGCUUGAGAGGAGGAAGAAUAUUAAAUAUUUGUUAUGCGAAGGGAAAGGCAUGGAUGUAUUUUCGUGUAAGUUUAAUAGGUCCAAACUUGUGAUUCUAAAAGUCGUCUACAUGCAUGAAGAUGAAGAUGAAAAUGCUUUUGUGGAAGUCCCAAAUUCAUUCUUUGAAAAUAUGACAGAACUUCGAGUUUUGCAUUUGUCAUUGAAUACAUGGAGAGAUGUUUAUCUGUCAUUACCUCAGUCAUUCCCAUCAUUGACGAAUAUUCGAUCUCUAAUCCUUGAAAGGUUAAGCUUAGAAGACUUCUCUGUUCUGAAAAACAUACAAAAUCUUGAGACUCUUGAUUUGGUUUGGUGCCGUAUGUAUGAAUUACCAGGUGAAAUUGCAAAACUUGAGAAACUUAGAGUAUUGAGGUUAAGAGAAUGUAUUGUUGAAGAUUUUAAUUCAAUUAAAGUGAUUGAAAAGUGCUCAUUACUUGAAGAAUUGUACAUUGUUAGUACGGAUCUCACGUUUGAUACUUCGGCAAUGCAUGAGAAAAUAAACUUUCCUGCAUUCCAAAGGUACAUUAUGAGUGACGAUCGUACAGCGGUGGAUGAAUCGUUGUCAAAAUGUGUGGCCUUUCCGAAGAUUGAUGCUAUUUUCUCAGAAGUGACAUUCAAUCAUUUGGUGCAAACAUCCGAACUUCUUCAUCUGCAAAAAAUCGAGGGGGAAUGGAGAAAUCUCAUACCUGAUAUUGUUCCCAUAUAUAGAGGGUCAUCCUGUAAAAACGAUUCCAUGGAAAAAAUAGAAUCAAAUAUCAAGAAAUGCAAUAUUUCUCCUUGGAUCCAUAUGUGUUAUCCUCAUAAAUGCAGACGCAAAGUCAAGAGUACCAAAAGUACAGCACUUCCAUUCGUUUCCGGUGAACCAUUGCAAGAUAGUUCAAACUCAUUGGUGUCAAACUUUGACUAUCUUCAUCUUUGGCAACGUGCUCAAUGUCUUUCGAAGCAACCACAGAUCAUGCGCAAUAUUAAAAAUAUGAACCUACAAAACUUUUCAAAGAUCAAAUCUGUAUUUAUCUUGUCUAUUGCUCCAAUGAUGUUGGAAACUUUGCGAAUUGAGGAUUGCGACGAAUUACAGCACAUAAUAGUAGACAUUACAGAUGGUGACAAUAAUUUGAGUUAUGUGUUUCCAAAAUUGAAAAAGAUCAUUGUGAAAAGUUGUAGACAAUUGGAAUAUCUAUUCGGAAGUUGCGAUGAUCAUCAGAAUCAUAAGAUAAAUGUUGAUCUUCCUGUCUUGGAAAGUCUCUGUUUACGUGAUCUGCCAUGUUUAAUUGGAAUUUGCUCGAAAAACUAUUCCACAACAUUGCCGCCUUUGAUGAAGUUUGUACUCAAUGGAUGUUCUCAGAUUAGCAUUAAAUCUAUUGGGGAUUUCAUCCUUUCUUUGAGUAACACAUCUAUUAAGGAGUUGAGUGAGACCAAGCAUCUUCUCUCUUUGGAAAAUCUGUGGGUAGAUGGCUCCAAAAUUGAAAAUAUUUGUUGCUUCAAUGAAAUAAUUGGGCAAGAAAUAAUCCUAGGGUGGGAAAACAUUCGGUUGGAAGAUCUGCCUCAUAUGACCUAUCUUUUUGUAGGUCCUAGGAAUUCUUUUAUCCUCCAAAACCUUAUGGAGCUAACUAUUGCGCAAUGUGAGAAAUUAGAAGUAAUCUUUACUGCUUCUAUUUCAAGAUGCUUACCACAGUUGGAAAGACUACUCAUAAAAGAAUGUAAAGAAUUAAAGCAGAUCAUUGAAGAGAAUGCAGAAAAUCAGGAAAUGUCUUUCCCAAAGCUAGGAGAGAUAGUUGUCGAAAAAUGCAACAAAUUAACAUAUCUCUUUCCUUUCUCCACUUCUAAAGAGCUUCUUCAGCUAAGACUUCUGAUAAUAAAAGAAGCCUCUGAGUUAAAGGAAGUAUUUAGAUGCGAAGCUGAUCAAAAAGUUCAGUUUCCACGGCUAAGACUUUUAGUUUUUGUAAAACUACCAAUCUUCAGCUUCAGCCAGGGGAUUCAAUUGGAGUAUACAGAUCUUUGGGUGCAGAGUUGUCCAAAUCUCUCUUUGACUUCAACGAUAGAGUCCGAUCAGUUGAAGCAUACAGUUCAUGGCUAUGCCUACGGAGAAGGUUAUUAUUCUUGGGAAAUAUUAAGAAACAUUGUUCAAGAUCUUAAACACUCAAUAAUCCAAGAUCCUAGCAAUGAAUGGCAAACUACCAAAAUCACUGAAGACAUUCAAGGUGAGCUGGAAGUCCAAGCAACAUCACAAAGUGAAUUGGCUUCUUCAGAAGUCAAUACGAAUCAAUCCAUUGCAGAGAUAAAGCAUGAAACUGUUGAAGAAGAUUCGAGUUUAAAGAUACCAUCGUCAACAACAUCACCAAUUAAAUGGCAUGAAGCACAUUCAGAUGUGUUGUUGGAUGAACAAUCAACAGGAGAACCAUGCUUGAUGAACCAAAACCAGGCCAUUGGACUAACUGAUACCACCUUUAAAAUUUCUCAAGGAAAUAAUUGUCUUAAAGAAAUAGAGGACCAAAGUAAUCAAGAGGAUUCUUUAUCAAAGCAAACUAUUACAACAACUUUAUUCAUGGAUUCAGAAAAAAGGAACACAUCACCCAGACAAUUGCUUCCUCCUAUACAAGAGGGUGUUGAGAGAAAUUUUGAAGUAGGAACAACAUCAGCCAAUGUUGUGAUAGUAGCAUCGCCUAACUAUGGGAGAACAUUCUUCAAUGAAACACCAAUGGAAGAACAUUCCUCAAUGAAAGAACAACAGCCCCUUGGAAAAACUGAUAUUGGUUUUGAAUGUUUGGAAGACAGAGAGAACCAAAGUACUCAAGAAGGUUCUAUAUUAGGGAAAAAUACAACAGCAACGCUACUGAUGAAGUCAGAAAUAAGGAACACAUCACUCGGACCAUUACUAUCUCCUUUAGAAAAAGGUAUUAAGAGAAAUGUUGAAGAAGGAAAUACAUCAGCGAAUUUCAAGUCAAUAACAUCAUUGACUCGUUCAGAACUAGGUCCAUCAGUUGCUUCUAAGGGUGAAACAUAUCCACGUGAACAUGGAGAUGGCCAAAUGGCCAUACCAUAUGUUUUAGCUGUGCCUCCCUCUGCUCAAGAUACUUCAGAGAUAGCGCUUGCCCUCACUAACUCUCAUGAUCCAGGAUUUUCAAGAGCAGAAGGCCCUGCAAUUUUAGAGGGAAUUUCUUGUACCACUGCAGAGAAAGUCAUUGCAUGUCCAACUCUUGAAGAGAUCACUGCUGCUGUAUGUGUUGAAGGUUCAACUAAACCUGCAACUACUCAACCAAUAGUGGAAGAAACAGGUUUAGUGCCUCCAGAAGUAACAAGUGAAUCAACUUUUCUAGGGUUGGAUGAGAUUAAGAAGCUGAUCGAAGAAGACCCUCUUAGUGCACUUGAAAAUCUUCUCAUUGGGAAAGUCUCUAUUUCACAAAUGCAAAGUUCUUCCAUUGGAAUUCUACUUCAAGAUUUGAAGGCUUUAUUAAUGGACUCAAACCUCGACCAUCUUGUAACUCAUGAGGAGUCUAGAUCAAAACUGGUUUCUCUCUUGGAGCAGUUGAAUCAACAUCAAAGGCUCUUAUCUUCAGAAGCCAAGGACUUUGUGAAGAACGUGGAGAACUUCUGCGAUGACUACUUUGGCAAACACACAACUUCUCAACAAGUAAUAAAUAAGCACAAACAACUUCUCCAAUCUAAAGAAGAUCUUCUUAAUAAGCUUUCAAGUGCAAAAAGCACGCAAUCACGCAUCGAUAAUAAAAGUUGCACAGCCAAGGUUCAAAUAGAUGAGCUUUCUUUGAAAAUUGAUGAUCUGAGAAAACAAGUGGCAGAUACGGAGCAUCAAAUAGAUGCUUUAAAGUUAACAAUGAAAAUGUGUGAUCUUGAAAAGGAGAAGUUGAAGGCUGAAUGCACUCAAUGGGCCCAACAGAGUGCACAAUUACUUUCUGCACUCUCUUCCUCAGAGAUUGAUGUCCAAGAAGUUCAACAUGCCAACAAUAUGGCAAAAGAAGCCUUUGCAAAUCUCAAAUCAUCUUUUCCUACUUUUUAA